AUGACUCACUGCGAUUUUACCCCGCAGCAGCCUUCGUCACCACGCGCUCACCCGCCAGCGCCAGCGCCGCGCCGGCUGAGGUUACUGACUCUACCCAGAACGGUACAGGAGAAGCAGCACUCGGCGAUAGAAUCCAGGCAUUGCUCCGACUCUUCCGUGCCAAGAUUCUCGUGUGGGGAUGCAUCGCCCAGUGUCGUGCCAGAAGCUUCAGAUGCUGAUGGAACAGAGACUUGGGACGGCAUGUCAGCCAUGAUGCCACGGUCUUCAGGUGCUGGUGCAGCGAAAGGGCACGGGGUAUUGUUAGGCAGUGUGCCCAGAUCCUUGCAUCAGGAGACAGGCAUCAUGCCAGGAUCUCCAGAUAUGGUUGGUGUGGAUGGCAGCAACAUGCCCCGCAUCAUCUCGAGAUCGUCCAGUACCGAUUCGGUCAAAGGCGCGUCACUAGCAGUCAAGCACGUGACCUCCGGAGAUCAUCCUGUUCUUGGUCGCAGAGACGGCUGCUGUCGGCAUGCUGCCUUCCAUUCCGGAAGCACAUCGAAGACCUGGGCCAUUGAGCACAACGCUCCCGCAUGUUGA